AUUAAAUUUUCGGGGGCUUUAUAUGUAAAAAGAGUGCUGAACAAGCUUUUGAAAAGAAAAAUUAAUUAAACCGCGGACUUGAGUUGAGUUAGUUUGCGCCAAAUUAGUUGGUUGUGUUGUGCGCUAUUUUGUUAUUUCAUUUCUUUUUCCAAAUCCCCAAAACUCAGAGACUCUAAAUUUGAAGACAAUCGAAUGGCAGAUUCCAAGGUCUUUAGCCUCCGGAUCGUCUCUCUCGACCACUACAUGGCACCGCCGAUUCCAGACCUCGAUAUCUCUUACAGUAGCUUCCACGGCGGGAGAGUGAGUGAGGUUCCUGUUAUCAGAAUAUUUGGGUCAACUCCGGCUGGUCAGAAAGCUUGCUUGCACAUCCAUCGAGUUUUGCCGUAUCUAUACGUGCCAUGGGCCGAUUUACCUGUUCAACAUCGGCAAGAAGGUGACGCAUACAUGCAUGACAUAUCACUAGCUUUAGAGAAAGCCUUAAAGCUUAAAAGUAAGGCGUGUUCAAAGCGACAGUAUGUUCAUGGUUGUAGCCUUGUUCGAGCAAAAAAAUUUUAUGGUUAUCAUUCCUCAGAGGAACUGUUUGUUAAGAUAUACCUCUACUACCCACAUGAUGUCUCUCGUGCUGCUAAUCUUCUUCUGGGUGGUGGAGUUCUUGAUAAAAGUUUACAGCCCCAUGAAGCACACAUUCCAUUUAUUCUCCAGUUUCUGAUUGACUACAAUUUGUAUGGGAUGGGUCAUGUACAUCUGUCUAAGAUGAGGUUUCGUCAUCCUGUACCAGAUGUAUUCUGCCCGAGGAGAUCUUUUUACAAUGAACAUCCAAGACAAAAUGUGGAUCCCAUGACAUGCCUCCCUCCUGAAUCGCAGGCAGAUAUAAGUGGCAGUUCAUCUUUUGAUUCACCUGUUUGGAUAUCUUCUAAUGUUCCGGAUGAUUGGAUGUGGCAUUCUUCUUGUGAAUAUGAUGCAUCACCAACUCCAGAAAUAGACAUUAAUUCUGUUAAACGUCAAAGUCUUUGUCAACUGGAAGGGGAUGCUACUGUAGAUGAGAUUCUUAAUCAGCAGUUGAAGAUGUUUACAUCCUUAUCACAAACUAUUUCAGAUGUGAAAAUGGUUCAGUCACUUGUGCCAAUUUGGGAGGAGGAGUAUGAAAGGACUGGGUUGAGAGAUGUGGCAAUGCUUUCUGAUCCUAGCAAACCACCACCUGAAGAUGUUCUAAAAACAUUUUCACUUGGUCAAGAGUUUACAAAUAAACUUAUGGAAUCACAUAAUGAUAAAGAUGAGCAAUCUUUGCAGUUAGUGAAAAUUUCAAAAAAUGAGAGAAAUUUGGUUGGACUUGAUCAUGUUUGUAAUGCUGUUGAUAUGGAGCCUUCAAAGUGUUUUAAACAAAAAAGUGUAAUUCAAUCUCUGUCAUCACAAGAGGAAGAUGGGGCAGUAUUAUCUACAGAGAGGGACACAUUCGUUAAAUUAUCAACUAACGAUCAACUUUCACCAUCUGAAAUGACUGAGACUUCAGAUAAGAAGGCUGCAGAUAAGGAAGCCUUGGUUCUUCUUAAGUGUCUUGCCACUUCUCAGGCAGCUGAAGAUAUAAACGCUGACGAUGAACUUCUUUGUGUGACCAUGUUAAGUUCAUUGUUUCCUGCAACUACCAUUGAAGAGGUGUUGGAGAAAGCUAAUAUGGACUAUGAGAGUGAAUCCCAAAAGGAGUGCCAAGACAUUCUUGAUUCGAUUGAUGAUUCAGUUGACGUAAAGGAUUCACCUGAAUAUAACCAUACUCGUAGAAUUUCAUCUGAAAAAAUUAUUCCUCAACUGGAUGGUGCUGGGGAUGACAUGUUAGAUACUCCCUGUGCUGGAUCAUCUGGAAAUAUAUCUGAAAUGGAUUCUAAGAGUAAAUUUGAUGAGACUUGUGAACACCAGAUGACAUUGGAGGAUUCUUUUAUUGAAAAACAGGAAAAGGAUGAUACUCACUCAAGUCUUACACAUAAACAUAAAAGGAAAAAAUUAUUCUGGGGCUCUUUACCUUUCUCAAUAAACCAAAAAUCAAACAUUGAUAGAGACACUGUCUAUUCCUGCAGUGAAGCCAAAGUUCCUGUCACUGAAAGUUCUUCAGCUGAAUUUAAGAUGGGACAACACGAGGAUUCUUCAAUGAAAAAUGUGAGGGAUGAUGUUUCUGGCAUUAAGGAGGGUACGUCAUUGGUUGAAUGCUCUGUAAGAGACUUGAUGAGGAGAAAACGGCACUAUCGUGUUGAGCCAGUUGAGUUCUGUUCUCUUGGGGUAGAAAAGGUUUCUUUAGAAAAGAAAGAAAAAGAAGAUAUCAAUAUCGUUCCUACACAUUUGGGUUUUCAAAUUGGUGAGCCUAACAAGAGGCCUCUUGAGCCUCUUAACUUGUGUCCAUCAUUUACUGGUCCAGAAUCACUGCAUCGUGAGUUUUAUGAUGUAAAGGCAAUUGAUGAUAGCUUCAUAAAUCCUAGUACAUUAGAUGAUAUAAAUUUUGGUUCUCAUAAAGGUGAAGAUGAUGAUAGCAGCAGUAUGAUCACUCGAUCCGCUAACUUCUUAGACAGAGAUCCUGAUGUGCAUAUAAGUUCUUCACUUGCUAAGCAUGGGAAUCCUGCUGAAGAUGCUACUGGAAAUUAUGAAAAUGAUCAAGAAUCUAAUAUUCAGGUGUUGAAGCCUGAUAAGGAAAACACUUUGCCUACUGCUUCAAGCUGUUUUCAUACUGUUGGGCACGAGAAAUUAUUAGAUAUGAAAAGUGGCAUUGAAGGCCAACCUUUUGGGGAGUGGGCCAAUAAAAUGUCAUCCAUAAAACCAGUGGUUAGGAAUAGAUCGAACAUAUGUUUUUUAAACAGUGGACAAAACCCUGGAAAGGAUGUUUCCAUGGUCAUUAAGAGCAAUCCACAAGACGAGGACUUAAUUAGCUUGACCUUAUGGAAGAAACCUCCUGCUACUGAAUGGAUAGAUCACUCAAGAAAAACUUUUUCUUGUCCUGUUACCUCUUAUCUUCCUUGUCCGGAUAAGGAUUCUCAAGGUGGAACAUCAGGAACAGCUUUGGAUGAUUGUCUCCCAUUUUUCAUGGAAGACUUGAAAGAAAAGACAGAAAUUCAGAACAAAAGCAUGAAAGUUUGUGACUCUACUUCUCAACAAGAAGCUCCUGUUGGUGUCCCCAUUCAUUAUCAAAAUGAUGGCUCAUUUUUGUAUCUGCUGACACCUCUGGUUUCACCUCCUUCAGCUGAAAAUGUUAUGAGAUGGCUGGCAUCUGGUACUUCUGUAGAAGGCAAUACAGUUUUAACAAAGGUUUCAUCUAAGACAGGAAGUUCCAUUGCUCUGAUUGAUUCACCAAGUUCUUCAUCUGAUGAUUGCAAUAAGGCUUCUUUUGAAUCUGGCUAUGUAUCUCAUCAACUACAUAUUCAGGCACAAGGGUCACAAGAGAACCAUAAAGACCCUGAUUUGACAAGGAACAUUCCUUGUAAUGAGGAUACAUCACCGAUGCUGAGGAAAGGAGAUUCUAAUAAACUUAAACAAUAUUCUAGUUCCUCACAAGAUGUUUCUCAGAUAUCAGGGCCAGAUGGGAGAUCAAAGCCCACUCCCCUUAGUCAGAUUGGAUUUAGAGACCCUGCAAGUCUUGGUGGUGGGCAGCAGCUGACACUGUUAAGUGUAGAGAUUCAAGCUGCCUCUAGGGGAGAUCUUCGACCUGAUCCUCAAUUUGAUGCCAUCAGUGUAAUAGCUCUUGCCGUUCAGAAUGAUAGUGAUUUUGAAGUCGAAGUCCAUGUGCUUUUGCACUGCAAAAAUGAAAAUGGUUGGAGGAAUCUUGAUGGAAUUUCUGGAUGCAGUGUGCUGACUUUUAAUGAGGAAAAGUACUUGUUUAAUCACUUUAUAAAGUUUGUAUGUUUGCUUGACCCGGAUAUUUUAAUGGGGUGGGAUGUUCAAGGUGGUUCAAUUGGAUUUUUAGCAGAACGAGCUUCACACCUUGGUAUAGGUUUACUUAACAGCAUAUCUCGGAUACCAUCUAAAAGUAAGAUGGCUGCUGGAGAUUUAGGGAUUUUUGAGGAAAAAUCACUUGAGAACUUUAAUCAUGAGUCAGCUCUUUCUGAUUCUGCUGUACUGGAAGAUGCUAUAAUUGAGGAUGAAUGGGGACGGACUCAUGCUAGUGGUGUUCAUAUUGGUGGCAGAAUUGUCCUUAAUGUUUGGCGAUUGAUGCGUGGUGAAGUUAAGCUUAAUAUGUACACAAUCGAAGCUGUUGUUGAUGCUGUGUUGAGACGAAAGAUCCCAUAUAUUAAUUAUAAUGUGCUGACAAAAUGGUUUUCCAGUGGUCCUGGCCGAGCAAGAUAUCGCUGUAUUGAAUAUGUGAAAGACAGAGCAAAGUUGAACCUUGAGAUAAUGAGUCAACUUGAUAUGAUAAAUAGAACGUCAGAGCUCGCUCGUGUAUUUGGCAUUGACUUUUUCUCAGUUCUAUCUCGUGGUUCGCAAUAUCGUGUUGAGUCAAUGUAUUUGAGAUUGGCACAUACACAAAAUUAUCUUGCUAUUUCUCCUGGGAGUCAUCAGGUGGCCUCCCAACCUGCAAUGGAGUGCCUUCCUCUUGUAAUGGAACCAGAAUCUGGUUUUUAUGCAGAUCCUGUACUUGUUUUGGAUUUUCAAUCUCUUUAUCCAUCAAUGAUUAUUGCAUACAACCUGUGCUAUUCUACAUGCCUUGGAAACAUUGCGCCAUCAAAGGCAAAUACACUUGGUGUCAGUCCGUUUUUGCCAGAUCCACAUAUUCUACAAGAUUUAAAAAAUCAGAUACUGCUUACUCCAAAUGGUGUUAUGUAUGUACCAACAAAGAUUCGUAAAGGUGUGCUACCCCGCUUGCUGGAGGAAAUAUUGUCCACUAGAAUUAUGGUGAAACAAGCAAUGAAAAAGCUGUCUCCUUCACAACAAGUUCUUCAAAGGAUAUUCAAUUCAAGACAACUGGCAUUGAAACUAAUAGCUAAUGUAACAUAUGGGUAUACUGCUGCUGGAUUUAGUGGCCGAAUGCCUUGUGCAGAGCUUGCAGACAGCAUUGUUCAGUGUGGUCGAAGUACCUUAGAAAAGGCUAUAUCCUAUGUAAAUGCACAGGAAAAAUGGAAGGCUGAAGUCAUUUAUGGUGACACUGACAGUUUGUUUGUCCUCCUAAAAGGGCGAUCUGUUGAAGAUGCCCAUCGAAUUGGGAAUGAGAUCGCCUCAGAAGUCACUGCUAUGAAUCCAAAUCCAGUUACUCUGAAAAUGGAAAAGGUUUAUCAUCCAUGCUUCCUUCUUACGAAGAAGCGAUAUGUUGGUUACAGUUAUGAAAGUCCUAAGAAUGUUGAACCCGUGUUUGAUGCUAAAGGUAUUGAGACAGUUCGCAGGGAUACUUGUGUGGCUGUUUCCAAAAUGAUGGAGCAGUCUCUGAGGCUGUUCUUUGAACAUCAGGACAUUUCUGAGGUUAAAGUAUAUUUGCUGCGUCAAUGGAGGCGGAUCUUAUCAGGAAGGGUGUCUCUUCAAGAUUUUGUUUUUGCAAAGGAAGUUCGUUUAGGCUCCUACAGUUCAAGGGAUUCUUCAUCACUCCCACCAUCAGCAAUAGUGGCCACUAAAGCAAUGAGAACUGAUCCAAGGGCAGAGCCACGUUAUGGAGACAGAAUUCCUUAUGUUGUGAUACAUGGAGAGCCUGGGGCUCGCCUGGUUGACAUGGUAGUGGAUCCAUUGGAACUUUUGGCUGUCGAUUCUCCCUAUCGAUUAAAUGAUCUGUAUUACAUUAAGAAACAAAUAAUCCCAGCUCUGCAGCGGGUGUUUGGACUUGUUGGAGCAGACUUGAACAAGUGGUUCUUGGAAAUGCCCCGUCCAGUUAGGGAAGCAGUUUCUAAACGUCCCCUUCAUGCUCCAAAUCCCCAGAGAACCAGAAUCGAUUAUUACUAUCUCUCAAAACACUGUGUAUUGUGUGGUGAGUUGGUAGAGGCAUCGACCCAUCUUUGCCUUCAAUGCUCCCAAAAUGGAAGUGCUGCAGUGACAGCUGUGGUUGGAAGAACUUCAAAAUUGGAGAGAGAGAUGCAACACCUUGCUGCUAUAUGUCGACACUGUGGAGGUGGGGACUGGCUUUUGGAAAGCGGUGUUAAGUGCACUUCGCUUGCUUGCUCGGUGUUUUACGAGAGAUCUAAAGUCCAGAAGGAACUUCAAGGCCUUGCGGCCGUUGCUGCUGAUAAAGGUCUCUACCCAAAAUGUAUGGUCGAGUGGUUUUAAUUGCCACAACUCAGCUUGCCGCAGUCCAAUGGUACCGUACCAGUGGUUACCAACCAUAUGUUCUUCAAUGAUUAUAUUUUGUUGUAUAUAAUAUACAUGUAAAUAUCAAAGGGUCUCAUGUUAGACAUACGUAAUGUACGUUUCCAUUUUUUCUUUUCAUUAUUUGGGUCCAAAUAUGUAAUAAUAAUCAUUACCUUAAUAAAAAAUGAGAAGUAAACGUAUCACAUUUUUGCUUCUA